CAAAAACAAAACCCCCAUCUUUCUCAUUCCAAUCAAAACGUCCACCCAGAGUUUGCUGACAUUUGCUUCCAAUUGCAUGCAUGUCUAAGCCAAGCCCCGAAGGUAUACUCUCUCGCUCGUAAUCAUUCAUCAACCAAACCGAAACAAAGAAGACAAAAAAGAAAUGUCACUGAGAACAACCAUCAAACACCUCCACUGCCACCACGUCCACUGCCUCCUCAAGCCCCGCUCAUCCUCUCGCUCUGUCUCCUCCCUCACCACCCACCACCCACCACCACCACCACAACACCAGAGUCUCCAAAGCCAAGACCCAUACGCACUCCUGAAGGAGGACCCAAUCCAAAUCUGCUCGUCCCUCUGGGUCAAGACCUUCUCGUCCCCACCCAACGCCACCUUCCCCAACCUCACCGGGUUCCUCUCCAAGCUCGACCUCUGGGUCCUCGCCUACCAGCGCUCCUGCGCCCACGUGACCGGCACGUUCCCUCCCCGCAACGCCAUUCACUUCCACGUCCUCUCCGACCUGCUCUCCCUCCGAAACGCCGUCGUCCGCGGCCAAUUCCUGUGGAACAGGAAGGCCCAGCAGUACAUUCGGAGCCCCAACGAGAAGCCCUUUACCAAAUUGUUCUCUAAACGCAAGCUCCAGGCGAUUCUUGAAUCCGACGAGCCGUGCUUCCAGGACCGGGUCGUUCAGGAGGUCUUGUUGAUGGUGUUGGAGCCGGUUUUCGAGGCCCGGUUCUCGCCGAAAUCGCACGCGUUUCGGCCCGGUCGUAGCGCUCACACUGUGAUUCGGACGAUUCGGAGUAACUUUGCUGGGUACUUGUGGUUCCUGAAAGGAGAUUUGAGUGAGAUUUUCGACAAUGUGGACGGGAAUGUGGUAUUGAAUUGUGUUGAAAAGGCCGUGAAGGAUAGGAAAGUGUUGGGUUUGAUCAAAUCGGCGCUUAGAGGACAGGUUCGAGAUCGGUCACAAUCAAAAACUGAAGAUAAAGAAGAGACGAGGAAGAAGAGGAAAAAGAAGGCGCCUAAGAAGAAGAAGAUUCUCAACGAGAAUGAGCCGAAGCCGGACCCUUAUUGGUUAAGAACUUUCUUCAAUUUUGCGCCCAAAGAGGCUGCCAAGGUACCCUCUUAUGGCUAUUGUGGAAUCCUUAGUCCUUUAUUUGCAAAUGUGUGUCUUAAUGAAUUGGAUCACAUGAUGGAAGAUAAAAUAGUUGAUUUUUUUAGGCCAUCUAAACUUGAUUCGAUAUGGAAAGAUUCGAUUGAUGAUGGUUGUCAUAACCCGGCUUGGCCGGAGUUUGUUCCAUCUGCUGGGAAAGAGAAAACUAGAAAAAUGGAUUAUAUACGAUAUGGGGGUCAUUUCUUGAUUGGGAUACGGGGGCCGAGAGAGGAUGUGGUGCAAGUUAGAAAGGAAAUCAUUGAGUUUUGUGAGAGCAAAUUUGGGUUAAGGUUGGAUAAUUCGAAGGUGGAGAUAGAACACAUUACCAGGGGUAUACAGUUCUUGGAUCAUAUAAUUUGUCGCAGGGUGAUACACCCGACACUGCGAUACACUGCCACUGGGGGUAAUAUCAGGAGUGAACAGGGUGUAGGUACUUUGCUUUCGGUUACUGCUAGCUUACAACAAUGUAUUCGCCAAUUCAGGCGGCUUGAGUUAGUUAAGGGUGAUAAGGAUCCUGAGCCACUGCCUUGCAAUCCAAUGUUGUAUUCAGGUCAAGCUCAUACAAAUUCCCAGAUGAAUAAGUUUCUUGAGACCAUGGCCGAUUGGUACAGAUAUGCUGAUAAUCGCAAGAAAGUUGUUGGCUUUUGUGCUUAUGUGAUUAGGAGCUCUUUGGCUAAACUUUAUGCUGCAAGGUAUAGACUAAAGUCUCGUGCUAAGGUGUAUAAGAUAGCUUCACGUGAUCUUAGCCAUCCACUGAGGGAGAGCAGUAACAAUUCAGCUCCUGAAUAUUCAGAUCUUUUGAGGAUGGGACUCGUUGAUGCUAUUCAAGGUGUUCAGUUUUCUCACAUGUCUUUGAUUCCAUCAUGUGAUUACACUCCAUUUCCAAGGAACUGGGUCCCAGCUCAUGAGAAGGUGUUGCGAGAGUAUAUUAGACUGGAAGACCCAAAAUUCUUCUGUGACAUUCAUAAAUCAAUAAAACGGCAUGGUUUAAGUUUGCCUCAAGAUGAGAUAUCUGAGAUUCUUUGGGACUAUAAAACGCUUGGGGUCUGGAGCCGUCAGUCCAAUGAUGAAGAUAAAACAGGCGAUGGUUUGGAGAAGGUGGAUGAGGCACUGUGAAUGAAUUAGGUUAUGGAUGUAAAGAAGAAAUUUUGAAUCUUGAAAUUAAACUUAAUGGAAAGUUGGCUAUGGUGGGAGUUCCUUUUGAUAUGGUCAUGGGGCAUCAUCCAUCUUCAUUAAUACUUGUCAACCGCAAACACUUGGACACAAAAGUUAUCAGACUAGAUGGCUAAAUACAGUACAUGAUUGACACUUCAAUACCCUCUCAGAAAUGAAUUUGCAGUCAUUCUCAAGUGAUUGUCUUUCACCAAGAAGGAAUUUGUCCAUAAGGUGGAAGUUAUUGAAAUGAGAGUGUUGAUAUGGAAACUAGCAGGACAAGGACGGACUUGAAAUGAUUACACUCAUGAGUAGUGAGCAGUGGCACUAACUGGGGAACUAGAUGAGAUUAGAUUUUAUAGAAUUUCUUGACUCAUGCAGUAGACAAGAAUGACUGCUCCUGAAGGGAUUGAUAUGUUUCAAGCUGAAUGUGCUAGCUGAGAAAAGAGGAAGGCUAAGGACAUGGCCGAGAUAGCAAAGUGGACUUGCCUGCAUAUAAAAUUACAGGAAAGUUCCCAGAAAAAAGGUAAACAACCUUGAGAAUAAUUUCUAUAAGAUCUUGGUACAAAUCAAGCUCUUUGUGCCCUCCAAUGAGAGAUUGACACGUCAGCAUAGAACAAGAAAAGCAAAUGUUACCAAAAAACCGGAUCUCACCUCUUUUAUCACUAUCUACGGAAAAAAAAAAAAAAAAUCUUCCCCAUUUGCCUAAUCUCUCACCUUUCUUGUGAGAAAAAUCGCACAGCUCAGGCCGAACACCAGUUGAGAAUGAGAUGAGUGAGACAAACCCAAGCGCAGGCCACUUGUAUACAGGCAAGCCACUCCAAGAGUCAUGCAAAACCACGUUCCAUAUGGCGCUUGUCACUCACUGUUGCCAUUCCACAUACAUAUGGCAAAUCCUCCCGGACCAACGACCUCCUCUUUCAUACUAAAACCUUGUCUUUCUUAUUCUUUGCUUCUCCCAAAUUCUAUGCUCAAACGAAUUUUCUCUCCCACUCUUCACCCUUUUUCUCUCACCCAACUAAAUUGCUUUUUCUCUCAACCAUUUUCCCUCAACCCAUUCACUCCCUUAAGGUCUUGGCCAUGGCUGGACGACCCUCAAGACCUGCACCGCGUUCUCAUGAGUACACUAACGUUUGGCCUAGGCGGCUUUCGGUAGAUGGUGAGAGAUUAGGCUUUUUUUUUUUUUUUUUUGCUUUUUUUGUUCUAAGCUGAUGUGUCAACUUCUCAUUGGAGGGCACAAAGUGCUUGGUUUGUGCCAAGAUCUUAUAGAAGUUAUUCUCAAACAAUCUCAUGUAAAUGCUGAAAAACAUCAUGUGAAUGUGUUUCCUCACGAUGAUAGUAGACUGUCUGUUUUGGCAUUAACAAUCUGUGUUCUUUUUUGAUGUUAUAGUGCUUGUGGAACCAUGCAGGUUUGUGCCUAAUCCUGCUUAGAGAAGACUUGGUAAAGAUGAGCAUUUUUUGCUCAAAUUUGAUUGGCUUAUCGCUGAAAGUCUACAUUGAAAGGAGAUAAAGAAGUAUGGAAAGAUAUCUGGAAAAUAAAGGGAUCACGAGUAGUCAUGACAUUUCUGUGGCAGGCAUGCAAUGAUAUAUUGCCAACAAAGGAAAGGUUGUUUAAGAGACAUAUCACUCUAGACCCACUAUGCCCGAUUUGUGGGAUGGCGACAGAAACUAUGGGACAUAUCCUAUGGAGUUGCUCGGCUGCAAAUCCAUAUGGACUGAGUGUGACCCCAAGAUCCACAAGAUUACAAGUGACGAAAUUGAUUUUAUCCAAAUUAUCGAGAAGAUAUAGGAAAGACUGGUGUGGAUCAGAUGCAGUUGGUAGCAACAAUUGUUAGACUUCUAUGGUUAAGACAGAAUGGGGUGAUUUAUGGUAGUGAAUUCCUGGAUCCUCCAACCAUGCUUCGUUGAGCUAAGGAGCAGGUGGAAGCUUGUGAAGAAGGUACACAGAGGAGGAAUGGGAGAGAAGAGCGGCCAAGACAGGCGGUCAUAGUAAUCUGGCAGACUCCUAGAUCAGGAAUCAUCAAACUAAAUUGGGAUGCGUCUAUCAAUCUUCAACAAAACCGGAUGGGUAUUGGUGUUAUCGCUCGAAAUCAUGAAGGAAGCGCUUUAGCUAUGCUUUGUGCUAGAAAGGAAUUUGUUUCUGAUCCUACAAUAGCGGAGGCAAUAGCAGCUUUGAGAGCGGUGGAAUUGGCUAUGAAAUUGGGUUUCUGUUGCAUCACUCUGGAAGGGGAUGCCUUAUUGAUUGUUCAAGCUUUGAGAGGAGAUGAGGACUGCUGGAGUUUACACGGACAGGUGGUUAACGAUGCAAGGGAAAUGUUGAGGAGCUUCCAGGAAUGGGGGAUCUAGCAUGCAAGUAGGGCAGCUAAUGGGGCUGCACACCGUUUAGCUAAAAUGACUCACGCUGGGGGAAGCUGGGUUAUAGAGGGAUGAUUUCCCGUUAAGCUUGCAUGAGUUGUAAUUGUUUUUUGAGU